CAUCCUCUGAUGCCAUAUGCUACUAGAGUAUCCAAGAGAAAAAGGAACAAUGUUGGUGGUGGAAGGAGAGGGAGAGAGGAGGGCUUACAACGAGCCGGUAAGCCCGACCGGCCAAUACUUCAAUAGCUCGGUGCUGUCCAUCUGCAUCCUGGCGGUGUUCGAGUCCGAUAUUCCUAUCGAUGACUCCCCAACCAUGUCGACACUGGAGAAUUUGUUCUUGCCGGUGAACCCUCGUUUCUCCUCCAUCAUGGUACCUUCUCUGCUCUCUACCAGGCUAGACACCUAUGCUGUUGACUAUGUUCUUUCUGACUCUAGGGCUGUGUUAAUUAAUCUCUUCCAAGUUGUGUAUAGGAGGCCAGUCAACUUGGCUACUAUCCAGUCCCAAGCUGCUGCUUUGUACAUACAUACAACACUAAGGAAAACAACCAUGACGAUCUCGAACUUGACCGGACCAAUUGAGCAAAUGAUCAUUGCUGGACAUCCAGUUAGGAGUUUCCAUUUUAUGGUAGUCGGAGUCCCACAGAGCCUUACCAUAUCUGUCAUAAGCUACGCGGGCAAGUUGAAGGUGGCUAUGGGAGGAGAGAGAGGCUUCAUAGAUUCGGAGCUUUUGAUCUUAAACCUGAAGAAGUCGUUUGAGAGGAUCUUUGAAGCAGCAAUGGGCAAGAGAACUUAAACAGGCUUUUCUACAGAUAGAACAGAUCUUUACAAUUGCCGCUUCGAGAUUAAUUAAUGGUUGCUUGAUUCUUCAAUCACUGAUGAGAGGAUUAAACAGAAUUGUGCAGAAAGAAAUAAGCAUCAAGGCUGAUUCCUGGUGUAACACCCUACAUUUUAACACCCAGAAACUUUCCUGUGCGCGGAUCUUGAUAUGUCAAUGAACGGCAGAUGUGUGACCGUGACAAUUUAUUUUUGAUUCCAACAUUAUAUCUCCAGUUGGAUGGUUGUAAAAUGCACAGUGCAACACGAAUAUUCGAUCUACCCUGAACAAUAAUUUAUCGUUCUCAAUUCUGAGUUCAAAGAAAAA